UCUGAAAAAAUGCUGAGAACUCGGCUACUCUCUUUCUCUCUAGGGUUUACAGUUGCAGGGGCCGCCAUUACGCAUUUCAUGUGGAAGGAUUUAUGGAAAUCUUAUUCUUCUCUCUCUUCAAUGAUCAAAGAGAGGCAGGACGCCCUAGAAAUUAGGGUUUCGAAGGUCGAAGCCAUGGCUGGCCAGAACUCCGAAUUGUCAAUGUAAUGCGGAGCCAAUGGCUAAAAAGUAAGGCACAGGUUUCAUUGGUCAAGAGUUGAAAAAAGACAUUUGCUUGGCAGGAAACUGAAGGAUAGGAAAAUGAGAUCUGAGCUGGUGCUUGAAUGAAUGGGUGUGGAUAUUGUCUUGUUUGCUUGGACAGUUCAGAUUUAAGUUGACAGAUUUACCCUGUAAAAGUCCUAACCAUCUGUCAUUGUUAUGAAUUUGGAGUAAUGGAAUCCACCUUUUUUUUUUCCUAUCCUUAUUUUGUUUUUGUUUUUGUAUUUGUUUUGGGUGCCUUACGAAGAGCAUCACUCUUAGCUCUAGUUUGGAUGGAGUAUUAAAAAGGUUUUGUACUAUUAUUUUCCUCUGUUUGCACGUGUGCAUGAAUUGCGGUAAGUUGUGUAGAAAAUCCUGAUAAUAGUACCUAUUUACUAUCUAUUGGAGGUACAAAAAGCUGAUCUUCCCAUAUCAUGUCAAAGUUAAAGGAAGCAAUGUUUAUAAAACUGGAAUCUGGCUUGAUUUUGA